GGUGGGCGGAGACUACUUGACAGCCGGAGUUCCCUCCCGGUCCGCAGCGACGUACCCGCGCAUCCCGCACUCGGCUCCCCGCACCCCGUCCCGAGGAGACGCGCAGGCAUCAUGGCAGCCACGACGUGCACGCGUUUCACCGACGAGUUCCAGCUGUACGAGGAGCUCGGCAAGGGAGCCUUUUCAGUGGUGCGCCGUUGUGUCAAACUCUGCACGGGCCAAGAGUACGCCGCCAAAAUCAUCAACACCAAGAAGCUGUCGGCCCGAGACCACCAGAAGCUGGAGAGAGAAGCCAGGAUCUGCAGAUUGUUGAAGCACUCCAACAUCGUUCGUCUCCAUGACAGCAUCUCAGAGGAAGGCUUCCACUACCUCCUCUUUGACCUGGUGACGGGAGGAGAACUGUUUGAGGACAUCGUGGCCAGAGAGUACUACAGCGAAGCAGACGCCAGUCAUUGCAUCCAGCAGAUCCUGGAGGCCGUGCUCCACUGCCAUCAGAUGGGGGUCGUACACCGAGACCUCAAGCCGGAGAACCUCCUGCUGGCGAGCAAGUGUAAGAACGCCGCGGUGAAGCUGGCCGACUUCGGCCUCGCCAUCGAGGUCCAAGGAGAGCAGCAGGCCUGGUUCGGCUUUGCAGGGACUCCGGGCUACUUGUCUCCAGAGGUGUUGAGGAAGGAGGCGUACGGCAAACCUGUGGACAUCUGGGCAUGUGGUGUGAUCCUCUACAUCCUCCUGGUUGGAUACCCUCCCUUCUGGGACGAGGACCAGCACAAACUCUACCAGCAGAUCAAAGCCGGAGCGUACGAUUUUCCCUCCCCAGAGUGGGACACCGUGACUCCGGAGGCUAAAAACCUGAUCAACCAGAUGUUGACGAUUAACCCGACGAAGAGAAUCACGGCGCAGGAUGCUCUGAAGCACCCGUGGGUGUGCCAACGCUCCACCGUGGCCUCCAUGAUGCACCGACAGGAGACGGUGGAAUGUCUGAAGAAGUUCAACGCCAGGAGGAAACUGAAGGGCGCCAUUUUGACCACAAUGCUCGUCUCCAGGAACUUCUCUGUGGGGCGGCAGACCACAGCGCCGGCCUCCGUCAGCUCGGUGCCGGGGAGCCCCGCUGGCAUCGUGGAGCAAGCAGCCAAGAGUCUCCUCAACAAGAAGGCCGACCCCAAGACAAACAGCUCCAGAAGCAGCAUAGUCACCAGCCCCAAAGGCCACGCCCCCCCCGCCCUGGAGCCUCAGACUACUGUCAUCCAUAACCCAAUGGAUGGGACCAAGGAAUCAUCUGACAGCAGCAACACCACUAUCGAGGAUGAAGACGUGAAGGCUCGUAAGCAGGAGAUCAUAAAGAUCACGGAGCAGCUCAUCGAGGCCGUGAACAACGGGGACUUUGAGGCUUACGCGAAGAUCUGUGACCCCGGUCUGACCUCGUUCGAGCCCGAGGGGCUCGGUAACCUGGUGGAGGGGAUGGACUUCCACCGGUUCUACUUCGACAACCUGCUCUCCAAGAACAGCAAACCCAUCCACACGACCAUCCUCAACCCCCACGUGCACAUGAUCGGGGACGAGGCCGCCUGCAUCGCCUACAUCCGCCUGACGCAGUACGUGGACGGGGCGGGGCGCCCCCGCUCCAGCCAGUCCGAGGAGACGCGGGUGUGGCACCGCCGCGAGAGCCGGUGGCAGAACGUCCACUUCCACUGCUCGGGGGCCCCCGCCGCCCCCCUGCAGUGAAGAGAGCCUGUGGAGGAGGAGGAGGAGGAAGAGAGGGAUGGCGCCUUAAAGAAGAAAAGAGCGUCCGAUGUCGUUGCCCCCGGCUGUCUUCUAUCUCUUCUGUCCCCCUAAAGACAGACGCCAUCCCCCCCCUCUAUCUGCGUGCCUCCCAACACACCUGGACCACAUCUGUCCUGCUCUUCGUCCUUUCUUCACUGGUACCCGUCUCGGCGUUGCCAUGGCUACAGUCCGUCACGCUCAGCGGUCCCGUUAAUGUUCUUAUGAGCAUGUUCUUUGGUUCCAGUGGACGUUUCUCUCUGCAGACCCUUCUUCUCCCUGGACCCCCCCCCCCCCCCCCGAGCAUGUGAUUCUCUGUGUGAACUCAAGCUAACCGACACACAACCUUCUAGUGUCACGCUGUUUGUGUAAAGUGUCGCCGUGGUGACGGGUUUGCGUUAGAUGAUGUUUGAUUGCAUGACUUUGGGAGUUUCGGUGCGUUUCUGUUCUUUUCUUCCUCUCUUUGGACCUCUGGUAGAACCUGUCGCCUCCGUUUUGUGGGCUUUAAGUGCAUAAAGUGUUUUUUAGUGUUGACAUGAUGAGUUUUGAGGAUGAGGUGGAGACAGGAUUUAACUUUUAGAGCAUAAAAGUUAAACGCUUUUAAAUAUAAAGGUAAAGAAGCUGUAUCCAAGACUACAGCAGAAAGAAAAAUGUCAUGAAUCAGAUCUGACAUCAGGGUCUUAUAAUUAUAAGAUUAUUCUCACCUUUUUAAAAUGCUGAUUUCUUUUGCUUUGCACUUGACAAACAGGAUUCCAGUUCAUUUAUGUCCCACAUAUAUAUAUAUAUAUCUAUAUAUAACUUAUAGCACUUUACAUUAAGAAAUUAAAGUGCAAAAGAAACGUGUCAUCAAGAGACAUUUAAAUGCAAUUUAUAAAAUAUUUUACACAAAUUAGUUUGUUGCAGACAUGUGGAAAGAGAAAGGAAUAAAAGUGAUUAUUUGAACACCUGUUGAUUUGCACCUGAUGGCUGAACAUGUGAUUUAAAACCAAACCUGAUCCCAUCAGAACUCUGCAGGAUGUUGUGUUAUUGAUGUGUUUGGUUGCCAUUAGUAACAGUGACCCCCCCCCCCCCCCCCCACCCUGAAGGGCCCCUACCUGGCCAGUUUAACCCCGUCACAGCUUUAAUGGGACUACUUUAAUCCACACAGCCUGUGGACUUAUUCUCUGUUUACAUCCGUCCACCUGAAGCUGCUCCGCUUUGCUGUCCAUGAAGUUAUUGAUUGAUUGACAGCGAUGACGACGGAUUCCAAGUCUUAUCAAUAUUAAUCAUGUGACCAGAUGUAAUCAGUGUGUGAACCAAUAAAAACGCAGAGAGCGAGUGGCUCA